CAUUUCAUUACCAUGCAAAUUAACGCCACAGACACGCUUAUACCUGCCCAUAUUAACUGAAGAAAUUCUUCAAUUUUCCUAACCCCCAAGCAUUGUAGCACUACAAUUUCAAUUUCCUUCAUGGAAAAGCUUCUUGUUCCAUUUCUUCCUUUCGUUUUCUCAACUCUAUUCACACUAAUAAUCCCUUCUGCGAGUGGAUUAUCUUUCAACUUCACCAGCUUCAUUGUUGGCGCCGAUCAAAACAUCUCAUACGAGGAAGCAUAUCCUGCAGAUGGAGCCAUUCAGCUCACCAAAAAUCUAAGAAAUGCUAAUAUGACUUCAAGUUCCGGUCGAGCCACGUAUUACAAACCGAUGCAGCUUUGGGACAAGGCCUCGGGGAAUCUUACAGACUUCACUACCCAUUUCUCUUUUUCCAUCGAUUCGCGAGGUCAGCGUGCAUACGGAGAUGGAUUGGCUUUCUUUCUUGCGCCGGAAGGAUCAAAGCUUCCGCUUAAUCUCUCUGAGGGUGCAGGUCUAGGUCUUACAAGGCGUGAUCAGCUACUAAACACAACGGCUAAUCAUUUUGUUGCUGUGGAGUUCGAUAUCUACUCAAAUUAUUUUGAUCCACCAGGCGAGCAUGUAGGUAUUGACAUCAACUCUAUGCAAUCUGUAAAUAAUAUUACUUGGCUUUGUGAUAUUAGUGGAGGGAGAAUAACUGAAGCUUGGAUUAGUUAUAAUUCAAGUACACAUAAUCUGAGUGUCGCCUUCACUGGUUAUAGAAAUAACACUGUAGAACUGCAAUUCCUUAGUCAAAUAGUUAGUUUGAGGGAUUACCUACCAGAAAGAGUUAGUUUUGGCUUUUCGGCUUCAACAGGAAGUGCAUCUGCCCUGCAUACCCUUUACUCGUGGGAUUUUAGUUCAAGCUUAGAAAUUGAUGAUAAUGUUACCCAUCCAAUAGAUCCAGCUACCAAUCCACUAGAUCGGAAAAAGAACAGGACAGGACUGGCAGUUGGAUUGGGUGUUGGAGGUGGUGCUAUAGUUGUUGGGGCCGCUUUGGUUGGGAUUGUUAUUAAGUUUAUGCGUGGGCACAAAGAAGAUGAAGGAGAUGGUCAUGUCCUUGAACAGUACAUGGAUGAUGAAUUUGAAAGGGGAACAGGACCAAAGAAGUUCUCUUACCAAGAAUUGGCUCGAGCUACAAAUAACUUCAAGGAUGAAGAGAAGCUAGGUGAGGGUGGGUUCGGUGGUGUCUAUAAAGGUUUUUUGAAGGAGAUUGAUUCAUUCGUUGCAGUGAAGAGAGUAUCAAGAGGUUCUAAACAAGGGAUUAAAGAAUAUGCAGCAGAGGUAAAGAUC